AUGUCGCCAGGGAAUGAAGAACGCCUCUGUUGUCCUUUAUGCGGCAAGGUCAUGCUAAGGAGAAAUGUGUACGACCAUUUGAGAAAGAUUCAUGACUGUUCUGAACAAGAAGUGGAAUCAAUGAAGACGAAUAUAAAAAUCGAGGCUAACGCAAGGAAGGAUGAAUUCCACAUAAUCUGUCCUGCCUGCGAUGAUCAGUUCCUUGACCAGGAGGAAUUAGCUUUUCACUGCAACAAGGAACACACUCACGAUGGUGCAAACGGCGAAGAACAGGACUAUACUGUGCACAACCUAGAUUUUGCAUCCAAAAAAGAGUUUGAGGUGCAGCCUUUACAAAAGUUCUUGAAAUUGAUGUGGCUCAAUGAAAUUUGUGAAAAAAACGAUGCAAUCGCUCCGGGAAGUUCGUUAGCAAGAGUAAGCAUAGAAUCAGUUGUACCAGGAAGGCAGUUCUGCACUGCUCAUGUUUCGUAA